AUGAUUGAGUUCACUGGUGCUGAUAUUCUUGAAGACCUUUCUAAGGAGGAGCUCGUUGAAAAGAGAGAGAGCAGCGAGGAGUUCAGGAAGAGGGAGCAAGCUUUGACCAGUAUCCUCGAGACUGUCGCCGACACUCGCAUCCGUAUCAACGGUACGCUCACUGCCACUGGAGUGAGCCAAAUCCCGACCGUGGCGUUUGCAUUCGUCAGGCUCGCUAGAAUUGAAUUUGAGGACGGGUCGACUCAGUUGGUCGUGUCUAACAAGAACGAAGAUAUUAUCGCUGCUGAUGAGGACGGCGACGCUGUUGGCACUUCUGAUCAGGAGAGUGACAUCCUUUGUGUGUCUGGGUUCAUCUGCUAA